UCAACGCCAAGAGCGCGCGCGGGGCUUACGCACGAUACACCUUCUGCCUUAGCCUUUUCCCCCGCUCCUUUACCCUCUUUACCGCUUUGCACGCCGGAUACUUUGGAUAUCUCUUUCUACUCGCGCAUUCCCGCUUCGGUCUAUCUUGACAAAAGUAUAUCGCGCGUUCUAUAGCACGAAACGGGAGGGUUGAAAAAAUAAUCAAAAGCCGGUUACCGGUUAAAUAAAGUCGGCAAUAGCUUGAGAAAAACGUCGAAAGGUCCGUCGUCGUCAUCAGCGUUUUUUUUUGGUUCACGAUCAUCGCCCUAAACGAAGAUUUCCACCGGUUAUAUAGUUCGUAGCGGAGAAGAGAGAGAGAGAGAGAGAGAAACAGAAAGAGCGAGAGAGAAAGACGGCGGUAGAAAGAGCGAAAGAAAAGUGAGGAAGACAGAGCUAUACGAACGUGAAAGUAAAUUCCGUCAAGGGACAGUGAAGGAAAUACGCAUUUAUUUUGAGAUAAUAGUCUUCCAAGAUACGAGAACCGUCAUCUAGUGGUGAAUAUAAAGAGAAAGAAAUUUGGCAAAAGUGAUUUUGAUCGUCUUGCGAGAGAAAAAAAAUUGCUCUCCGAGCCAUCGGUGGCGUGGCUUUUUCGCGAAGAGAGAGAGAGAGAGAGAGCGAGCGAGAGGGAGAUAAAGAGUGGAGUGGGAGAAAAAGAGUGAGAAGGAGCCAGAGAGUGCAGAGCGCUAGUAGCUCCAUAAGCCGAGUAGGACGAGCAUCGAGGUAAAGAAACACGAUGGCGGCGGUCGAGAGCUAUCAGAAUCAAGAGGGCGAGAACGAAGAAAUGAACGCACAACAGCAGCAACAGCAACAACAGCAGCAAGACGGAAACGAUGAUUCAGGACAGCGGGGACAACCGACCGCUGGUAUACCGGGAAAGGACGACGAGCGUAAAUUAUUCGUCGGCGGUUUGUCCCGUAACACAACCGACAAAGAGUUGCGUGACCACUUUGGAAAGUUUGGCGAGAUCGAGAGCAUAUCGGUCAAGAUGGAUCAGUAUACCGGCUUGUCGAGAGGUUUCGCAUUUAUGGUCUUUACCAAUCCGAAAACCAUCGAUAAACUACUGGCUUCCGGCGAACAUUACAUCAACAAACGCAAGGUGGACCCGAAACGUGUCAGUAAAAAGGCCCAAUACGGGAAGAUAUUUGUUGGUGGUUUGACGCCGGAUAUCACGGACGAGGACAUUAAAACGUACUUUGGUCAGUACGGAACGAUUGUCGAGCUGCAGGCACCUUUCGACAAACUGAAAAAUCAACGCAAAGGUUUUUGCUUCAUAACAUUUGAUUCGCGGGACGUUGUUUACAAAUUGUUGAAGACACCUAAGCAAACGAUAAACGGUCGUGAGGUCGACGUGAAAAAGGUCAAAGUUAAUCCGGAAGCGAAUCGUCCUGGAUUCUGGGGUGCUGGUUAUGGUUACGGUUACGGUGGCGGUUACGGUUACAUACCGGAGCCGAACGAUUAUCACGGUGGUUACAACGACUCGACCUCGAAUUUCGAAUACAACUCGUUGAGAUAUCACGAGGACCCGAGUCUUCCAUUGGGCGAUGGUUAUAUGCCUUAUGCUCACGUAUACAUGGGCGCGAACAAGCCACGUGGUAACGGAGCAGGACCCCGGCCUUUCCAGAGACAUCAGCCGUACUAAAAAAGUUCUACUAUUGUUCGCCGAAUUUCGUAAUCCUCAAUAAUUGUACACGUCGAAUCUAACGGAUUACUCGAGAGAAAGAGGAAAGAGAGAGAGAGAGAGAAAGCGUGAAAGCCUGAGAGAGAGAGAGAGAGAAAGUAAAAAAGAAAAAGCAGUCCCGAUUAAUUAGAGCGACGGAAAAGCGAAGAAACAAUAAUCGGUUAUUCCGCCAUGGAAAAAUAUAAAAUUUGAACAACCGAAAAAUUGAAGGAGAAUACAUAGCUAAUUUCCUAAAAUUCUCGGCCUACUGCAACACGGAUUGGUAAUUCCCAAUCAUUUUUAUCCCUCUUACCCCUUGCUGUUUUUUCGCUAUUCUGUCUUGCUCGUUUAAAUUCUGUCAGUUUUUUCUUUUCCGUUUUUUUUUUAAUGUUUCCUCCUUCUAUUUAAUAAUUUCUAAUGCUAGAUUAUACGCGUAAUAAGUUAAAAUAAUAGCCUGAGAACCGGGAUACAAAAAGAGCCGCGCUCCCGUUCACAAUCGCAGGACGCAUUGGACGGUUGUGCUAUCACAAAUCAUACAUAAAAAUCGAAUCAUCUCCACGGUUCAGACAUCCGUACAUGAACGUAUAUAUACAAUAUAUACAUAAACGUAUAUAUAUAUAUGUAAAAUUAACAACAAAGAAAUCAAUUCUUUACCUAUAUUCGAUCGAUGUGAAAUGUCAAUAAGGCCGAUGAGGUCGAGUGGUUAAACAUUUAAGAAAAACUUGUUUUCUUUACUUUUCGCACAGAAUGAAGAGUGAACAGAUCUUCCAUUAUGAUCGUUGGACGAAAUAAAUAGAUUUUUCCAAGGAGAUAAUGGAACUACUACUCGUCAAUUAUGAUUUUCUCGUUCACGUCGCAAAAAUGGUGUUUAUCAAUUGGAAUUAAUUUCUCGAGCUCGUUUGCUGCAAUUGAACGUGUCUGAAAACAUUUUUGUUUUCUCUUUUAUGAUUUUCGUUGUUUUUCUCGUCUUUGUAUUAUGAAAAUUUUCAGUAAUUCACCAGCGUACUAUUUUUGUGUUUUUUUUUCUUUAUCAUAAUCAGAUAUAUACAUAUAUAUCUAUAUUAUAUACACAGACAAACGUAUAGAUAUAAAGCUCUGUUAAUCUGCAGUGAAUAUGAAUUAACAUAAGCGAAGAAUCUUUUGAUUCUCUCGGCGAGUUUAUUAUUCUUGUGAGAUAUUCCGUGAGAAUUGUUCACGGUAUAAAGAGUGGCGCGUGUAUAUAUUUAUGCACACUGAAAGUGUGGAUAUGCGUACGCGCGUCAACGCGUUCAGCAACGAUAUAAAAUCAUAAAGCAUAUGCAUCACUAUAAUUUUCGAUUGAUUUUGUUUCUCUUAACCUUUUUUUCUUAUCGAGAAUUAUUGUGGCGAGCGUUGAAUUAUUCACAUAUAUAUGCAUGAUCCAAUGCGUUCAAUAAACGGUUUAGAGUUAUAGUAAGGAUUUAAAAAGGAGAGAAAAAAAAACAAACAAAGAAGAAAAAAAAAAGAGAAAAACGAGGAAUAUUUGAAAGAAGAGAUAUUUAUAAUUAAAAUAUAAGCGUCCAGGGUGUCGUAUGAGAGCGAUGUAAAGAGGAAAAAAAAACAACUAACAAACGAACACCGAAGAACAAUAUUUCUCGGGCCUGAAUAGCAUGGCAAACUACGAAAGGAAGAGGAAAAAAAAUAAGAAUGAUAAAACGACGCGGCAAUGAUGUCGAUAUAAUGAACUUUGCAAACGAGAGUAUCUAGCUAGCGAAAUGAACAAUUUGCGGUGCGAGCGGGCGAGGUAGGGGCGGGGGGGGGGGGGCACGCGUUGAAAAAUAUCGAAUAAAAAUAAAUGAACGAAAGCAGAAGAACAGAAAAUAAAUACGAGCGAAGACAAAUUGUGCGUGUCAACGACGUGCGAAUAAUACCAAGCCGAGUCGAUGCGACUUCUAUUUGCUAUUUUUUAUCGCUGAAAAAGACUGCCUAGGAGUUUAGCAUUGUAUUAUUAUUGGUGAAACGUGUAAAAAUAUCCACGACGGACCAAUCUUCCUGAACCCGAGAGAAUCCAAUUUCUAAAAUGACUCCGAUUGUUGAGCUUAUCGGAAAAAAAAAACGAGAGGGAUAAACGAAUAACAAUUCUCAUGUUUCAACAUAUAAAUUCGGAUAAAAGUGAAAGAAACGAAAAAAUACAAUAAAGAAUUAUGAGAGUAAAAGCGUCAGGACUCACAGAUACACAUGUACACACACACAUACACUGUAGUGCCAGAAUCAUGAGAACGAGGAAUGAAACGUAGAAGAAAGAGAGGAGGAGAGAAUAACGAAAAUUAUAUAUACUAUAUAGAUAUAUCUAAAUUAUAUAUUUUUUUCAAGGCUGAAGCAGCUCUAAACUUCCGAUAAUCCUGUAACUGGUAGCACGGAUGGACCAAAGCUCUGACUUUAACGAACGCGCGAACACAAUGAAAAAGAAAAAUGAACAACAAAUAAGAGUAAAUUGAAGCAUCAUAUUAAAUAAUGAACAAAAUAAAAUUAAAUGAAAAACCUUUAAAAUAAUGAACUCGUUUAGUCAUCUGGACGACGAUCGAUAAUGAAUCAAUAAAACGUUUGCUUUCUCGUAGCUAAACGUCCUUAUGUCAUAUCACAUAUGUAUACUAUGUAUACGUGGAUUGGCCCGAGUGAAAAAAUACAGCAAACAUGAUGAAACAAGAAAUGAAACAUAGUGAAAGAAUAAUCUAAUAUUAUCUGGAUGUAACAUUUAUUAUAAAACAUACAUAAAAUCAGCGUUGUACAUGUACAUACGUACUGCAUAGAGAGAAUGCACGAAAUCCGCGAGAAUAUUACGAAGUGAUGAAUUAUAUGUGAAUUGUGAGAGAAAAAAAAAGAAAAACGAAAAAAAAAAACAAUGAAAACGAAAUAUGAAAUGUGAGAAAAAAUGAGAAAUUAUACGAAUAUUUUGUUACUAUUCAUUACUGUUCGCUUGUUUCACCCAUGACACAGUGUAUAUUUUAAUUAUAAUAAAGAAUAAAAUACUCUUCA